UAGAGUUAGGCUGGGUUUGAGUCUAAAAGAAAAGAGAGAAGCGUACAUUAUCGUCAACCCUACACCGCAAAUAUGUCUGAAGAGCGAUCUGAAAGAUCCGAUGGAAAGAUUGUUAAGAUGGAGGUUGACUACAGUUCAACUGUAGACCAACGUCUCCCGGAGUGCGAGAAAAUGGCUAAGGAGGGCAAGCUGCAGGAAGCUGUUGAGAGCUUGUUGUCAUUGGAAAAGCAAACCAGAACGGCAUCAGACAUGGUGUCCACCUCCAGAAUCCUUGUGGCUGUGGUCCAGAUGUGUCAUGAAGCGAAGGACUGGGACGCCCUGAAUGAAAACAUCAUGUUGCUCUCCAAAAGGAGGAGUCAGCUCAAACAGGCUGUUGCCAAGAUGGUGCAAGAAUGUUACAAGUAUGUGGAUACCGUGACUGAUUUGACUAUCAAGCUGCGACUGAUCGACACGCUUCGCACUGUGACUGCUGGCAAGAUCUAUGUCGAGAUUGAGCGUGCCAGGCUGACGAAGACUUUGGCUGGUAUUAAGGAGCAGAGUGGAGAGGUCAAAGAGGCAGCUGCCAUUCUUCAGGAGCUGCAGGUGGAGACGUAUGGCUCUAUGGAGAAAAAGGAGAAGGUGGAGUUUAUCUUGGAACAGAUGAGGCUUUGCAUUGCUGUCAAGGAUUACAUUCGCACCCAGAUCAUCAGCAAGAAGAUCAACACCAAAUUCUUCCAAGAAGAGGGAAGUGAGGAGUUGAAGCUGAAGUACUACAACCUGAUGAUUCAGGUGGACCAGCACGAGGGCUCCUACUUGUCUAUCUGCAAACAUUAUCGGGCCAUCUAUGAUACCCCAUGCAUCCUGGAGGACAGCAGCAAGUGGAAACAGGCCUUGAAGAGUGUGGUGUUGUAUGUGAUCCUCGCACCUUACGACAAUGAGCAGUCAGACCUUGUGCACAGAAUCAGUGAAGAUAAGAAACUGGAAGAAAUCCCUAAAUACAAGGACCUCCUAAAGCAGUUCACCACUAUGGAGCUGAUGCGCUGGGCCUCCCUGGUGGAGGAUUAUGGCAAGGAGCUGAGAGAGGGCUCGCCUGACAGUCCCACCACAGAUGUCUUCUCUUAUUCAGAAGAAGGGGAGAAAAGAUGGAAGGACCUGAAGAACAGAGUGGUGGAGCAUAACAUAAGAAUAAUGGCCAAAUAUUACACCAGAAUCACAAUGAAGAGGAUGGCCGGACUCCUUGACCUCUCCAUUGACGAAUCAGAGGAGUUCCUCUCCAGCCUAGUUGUAAACAAGACCAUCUACGCUAAGGUUGACCGGCUGGCUGGAAUCAUCAACUUUCAAAGGCCCAAAGAUCCCAAUGACCUGCUCAACGACUGGUCGCACAAACUCAACUCUCUCAUGUCUCUGGUCAACAAGACCACACAUCUCAUUGCCAAGGAGGAAAUGAUCCAUAACCUGCAGUGAAACAAGAACAAAGUGCAUUAUUUCAUGUUUUGGUUCAUAUUUGUUUUUUCUUUAUGUGGGAAUGUCUUUGAAUAUACAGUAUAUCAGCGGACUUUGAAUGCAGUAUUACUCCAUUGUCAUAUAAUUGGAGGAAACAUCUGCAGCACAUACAUGACACCCCAACUGUUCAUUUUUUUAGUCAGGUAAACACAAGAGCACCUCCCUUCUUUGCAUACCUCUUGUCAGUUACAGACUGAAUGAUUCCUCCCCUCUUUCUCCAACAAUCUUUCCAAUAUAUCUAGUUCCUAGAUUAUAUUGUAGUUGACCUUUUCCUUACAGUUUGAAAGCCAGGCUUAAAACUUUUAAAUGUAUACUUGGCAAUAUAAACAAUAAACUCUUCAUGUUUGUGUAA